GCUAAUUUAAAAUACAAUAAUGCUUCUAAUCUCUAAAAGUGAGUCAUUCAUCAACUAAAUACAAAUUAUUGCGGAAAAAAUUACAUUUCUUGAUGAAAAUCUGAAUCUAACUGUACCGGCGUAUACUUUCCGAUCCUUUUCAAGCAGGGAAUGAAAAUUGCGGAGAUCGUAAAUCAUUUUUGGUAUAAAACGUCUCUCAAAGUUGGAUUACCACAUUCUCCAAAAUACAUAUAUUAUGUUGGUUCUCUAUUCUAGCUAGCACUUGAAAAAUAUUAUGAGCAAAGCUAAAGUGGCGUAUGCUGCCAGUGUAUUGAAGAAAAUCGAAGGAAAGCCACUUUUAAAUGGCGAAGUACAGCCACAAAAUUAUAAAACGGGAAGUGUGUAUGUUUUUGGACAAGACAAUGCAAGAUGUGUUGUGGACGAUGAUGGUACUCAUGAAGAUACGGUGUUUGAAAUGGGGGAAAUUCGCGCUAGAGGGGCAAAAAAUGGACAAGAGGGAAAAGAAAAAAGUGAAAUACAAAAAAUUAACAUUAUACAUAGACCAGUAUUCCCAAAUGAUACAUUAUCAAAGUUUGCCUUGCAAUAUGGAUGUACGGUCGCUGAAUUGAAAACAGUAAAUAAUUUUUACAAUGAACAAGACUUUCAUGCAUUGAAACAUAUCAAAAUUCCGAUUCAACCGCACAGUUUGUUAACGGAACGUGCGGAAGAGGAAAGACGAAGGGAAAAUGCAUUUGCAAAUCACGCCACAGGUAGUCGGUCAAGAGAAACCAGCAGUCGAGGUGACCAUUCUGAUUCAGACUACGAAGACAUUGACAAUCUCGCAAGUCCUAAUAUUAGAACAGUCAGCAUUAGUGCAAAUUUGAAAGACCACGAGAAAUUUCUCAAACGAAUGGAUGAUGAUAUACAGAAGAUCUGUCAAACAGUAACGAACCGAGAGUCUGACCCUAACGAUAUAAAUCGAAAAUUAUCAACACAAUGUAUUCAUCCGAGACAAACUAAGAAGAAAGAUGCAGAGGAAUUGGGAUCGAUAUGGACAGGUCUUGGAUGGAAAAGUGCGGUUGCUGUGUUUGUAUUUAUUGCAAUAAUUGUACCAACGGUAUAUUUUAUAUACGUUGAAGAAUUUAAGUCGUAGCAAAUUAGUAAUAAUCUGUCAAAAUAAUUUAUAAAGAAAGUAUUAUAU